AUGUCGCAUCAGACAAAGUUUUAUGGCUCCCAAGUUGGCAGCAAGGUCGUGAUACCGCAUUCCUACACUAACUCUCCCCUCGGGCUGCUCCGCCAAGAUGUCGCUUCCGCGUUCGGGUUCUGGAAAUUCCUCCCCUUCAUCGUGUUCCCCUUCACACCCCAAUCUUCAGGGCCGUUAUGCGAGCUAUACCCCUCCGCGUCGAACCUCUGGUCCAUGUUCCUGCACUUCAUCCUCUUUAUAAUGCAACUGCCCUUCAUCCUCUCAGUCCCGUUCUGGAUAUUCUUCCCUGUUUGGUCGGUAUUGGGAGGCGUGGUAGUCUUUGGGCUGAUUAAUCAGGGGAUCUGUUAUUUGUUGAAUGGGAGUCAGAUGAGGUAUCCUUCGAACCCGAAGUUUGUGGAACAAAAAAAGGAGCAUGAGCAUGAGCAGUGGAUUUUCCUGAAUGGUGUUGCUGUUGGAAAACACUGGCUCCAAAGCAAUGUCGAUCGUCUGGCCCUCACGUUCGGGCGUCCCGUGAUCGGAGUGCAUAACAAAACAAACGGCAUCCUCUUCGACGUCCUCCAAUGCCUGAUACAGCGAAACUUCAACUACGCAACCCAAGACAUCCGCGACUGCUACAGCAUCGUCAAAGAAACGCUUUACAAGCCUUCCCUCACAAAAGUAGUCUUCAUCCUGCACAGCCAGGGGGGCAUCGAAGGCGGGAUGAUCAUCGACUGGCUGCUGCAAGAAGUGCCGCAAGACCUGCUCUCAAAGCUCGAAGUCUACACCUUCGGCAACGCAGCAAACCACUUCAACAACCCGCAUCUCCACCUGCUCUCCCAACACGCAUCGCUCAUGCACCCCACCGUGCCCUCCACCACCCGUUCCCUCACCUCAGUGCACUACCACGACCCCCUGGACUCCCUUCCGGCCCCUAAAAAUGGGGAGACGAAUGGACAUCCCCGAACCACGAGGACGGAAUCCAGCUCCGGGAAAACGAUCCGGUAUAUCGAGCACUACGCCCACACGUCAGAUUUCGUCGCACGGUGGGGGGUCUUGCAUUUCACGUGCAACUUCGAUGUGACGGAUCAUCGAAGCCCGAGGUUUAUGGGCCGCGUCUUCGAGCGUCCGGGCCAAGGCCACCAAUUCAACCAGCACUACCUCGACAACAUGUUCCCCUUAGAGCCCGUCCCACCCUCAUCCUCUCCCCGCCUGCCAAAACAAAAUUGGAUCCUAAGAUGGAUUAUGCGAAUAAAAGAGAUCUUGUUCCCUGGGAAAGUGGGAAAGGGUGGGGUUGGGGGAAGUGGGUUUUUGAGGGCCCAGCGGGAGGGGAAUGCCUUCAUGGAGUCGGCAUUAGUGCUCGGGCAUAACGACGAGCAAGCCGACGAGAGAGAAGGGGUAGAAAUUAGUUAUUUGGGAGCGCAUGGGGAGCCGCUGGGCAAGAGGGAGAAGGAGGUGCUGGUUAGGGAUAUGAGUCCAAUUUCGCUGCAUACUAUGAGCAAAUUUGGACGGAAAGUGGAGGGGGAGUUUGAGAGGGCGAGGGGGCUGGGGUUUACGAAUGGUACGAACGGUACGAAUGGGAGGAGUAAUUGGGAGGGGGAGAAGAAUGGGGUUGAGGUUGAAGCUGGGGAAGUGAUUGAGAGGACGGAGGAGGAUGUGGGGUUUGGAGAUGUGGAAGAGAAGAAGGACGAGGGGAAGAUGGAGUUUAAGGUUAAGGAAUUAAGUCGGCUGUGGCUGUAUGUUAAUGGAGGAAGCCCGAAGCUCGAUGAAGUUGAUGUCGGGAUUGCGAGGAUGGCUACCAUUUAG